AUGACCUCCUCGUACCCUGCACACUCGGCCACCAUGGACGACCCAGACCAAGGCUGGAAGCCAAACAACCGCCCUCAAUCCACCCUAGCCCGCAACUUCAUGUCGGAGCUCGACAGCCUGUUCAACUUGGACGAAGGCCUCGCGACCCUGGACAAGACGGUCCUGGAGAAGAAGCAGGCAGUCACGACCCAGACCAAGGAGCUCGAGGCCCUCGAGGCCAGGCUCAAGGCCGCCGAAGAGCGCCUCAACCAGGCAAAGAGCAACUCGCCCCCAGCUAAGAACGACACCCAGCGCGAACAAGACGCCGCUCGGUCACAAGGGGCCGCCAGCCCCCUUGCCGCAAAGUCCCAAAACAUGCCAGGUGCGCUACCAGAGACACCGACUCCUACAUCGACUACCAGUGCUGACUAUGUCCUGGUAGAGAGGCCACUGUCCGCCAAGCCUGAGACCUCAUACACAGGCCUUGUGUCUCGUUACUCCAAGCCCUCGACUCACCACCUGGGCAACAACCCACCGAACAGUCAGCAGCUCGACAUGGACGACGUCACUGAAGUAGCGCUGACCGAAUCAUUCGACAAACUCGUCUCUGAAGGUGUCAUUGUCUACGGUCCCAAUGAGUCUAUCAAAUUCGAGCACGAAGGCUACCCGAUAGAGUUCCGGGUCUGCCCAGCACUAGCAACCAAACCUCACACCGUAGGCGCCACGAACCAUGCCUUUGACAAAUCACGAAAAUAUGGUCCUGGCAGCGACUUGUUCUGUCCAGACGAGCGACUCAACAUCACACAGCUCAACGGCACGCACGACCUAGCACUCAACCUAUUCUGCGUCGACAGGCCGCAACUGCUCAUGUUGACUCUAGACUCGUACAAGCGUCAGCACGAAGCUCUUGACCUAGAUGACUUUGAGGUUAUGUUGCAAGUGUUACGGAAGCUUCCAAACUUCUACGUCAUCUUCAACUGUGGGGAGAAGGGUGGAUGCAGUAGGAUACACAAGCACCUCCAGGGCUUGAGAGGGCCGCCACAUGCUUUCGACCACAUCAUGGCUUCGCUCACGGAUGCAUCGAAGAAGGUACCUUUCCAGUUCUUUGUUCAUGAAUUCAGUCAUGGCUUCACGAAUACGUCCGCUUCGACUGUUCUUGAUGUGUAUAAGACGUUCAUUGCGCGGUGUCGCUCGCUCAUGGGCACGUGUGAGAAGGAAACACCUCCCCAUAACGUCAUCAUGUGGGCUGAUCGACUCGUGGUUGUUCCACGUCGUAGAGGAACCACAGAGGGAGCGAGCGCGAAUGCUGGAGGCAUGCUAGGGAGCGUAUGGAUAUCGGGACAGAAGCAUGUGGAUGAGUGGUUGAGGCUCGGCUACGCGAAUGUGUUGAGAGAGCUGGGUGUUCCAAGUUGUUGA